GGCGGCCCAGCUGGAAACCGUAAGCGGCGGAUCGAGACAGUCGCGGAGUCCCGGGCUAGCCAGGUUGAGGAACGUUAGAAGGCCCGGAGGCGAAAUCCAAGAGGAACUCGACUCCCCGCGGCUGGCAGUCGGCCUUCAGAGAAGAUGGCGGGGCCAGAGCUAUUGCUCGACUCCAACAUACGCCUCUGGGUGGUCUUACCCAUCGUUAUCAUCACUUUCUUCGUGGGCAUGAUCCGCCACUAUGUGUCCAUCCUGUUGCAGAGCGACAAGAAACUGACCCAGGAACAAGUCUCCGACAGCCAAGUCUUAAUUCGAAGCAGAGUCCUCAGGGAAAAUGGAAAAUACAUUCCCAAACAGUCUUUCUUGACACGAAAAUAUUACUUCAACAACCCAGAGGAUGGAUUUUUCAAAAAAACUAAAAGAAAGGUAGUGCCACCUUCUCCUAUGACCGAUCCCACUAUGCUCACAGACAUGAUGAAAGGAAAUGUCACCAACGUCCUCCCUAUGAUUCUUAUUGGUGGAUGGAUCAACAUGACAUUUUCAGGCUUUGUUACAACCAAGGUGCCAUUUCCACUGACCCUUCGUUUUAAGCCUAUGCUACAGCAAGGAAUCGAGCUACUCACAUUAGAUGCAUCCUGGGUGAGUUCUGCAUCCUGGUACUUUCUCAAUGUAUUUGGGCUUCGGAGCAUAUACUCUCUGAUUCUGGGCCAAGAUAAUGCCGCUGACCAAUCACGAAUGAUGCAGGAGCAGAUGACCGGAGCAGCCAUGGCCAUGCCUGCAGACACCAACAAAGCUUUCAAGACAGAAUGGGAAGCCCUGGAGCUGACGGAUCACCAGUGGGCACUAGAUGAUGUAGAAGAGGAGCUCAUGGCCAAAGACCUCCACUUUGAAGGCAUGUUCAAAAAGGAAUUACAGACAUCUAUUUUUUGAAGACCGAACCAGGAUUAGCUGUGUCAGGAGCGAAGAGUAGCAUUUAACCUUGUAACUUUCGUUGGAGCUGGAGCCUCUGAGAAUAAAAAGGAGGGUGCAAGGGCUGGCGGGCGUGCAGCAAGGCUCGUUCUUGUCUGAGCUGGGUUCCCCUGACGUUGGAAACUAGAGGAAAGAGGAGGAGUAUGCCAGCGAUUCACUAUUUAAAAAAGUGUUUAAAGUUUCCUUCUGGUGACUCUAGUAGUGACAGUCAGAGAAAGGGGAAAACUCAAGCUACUGAUAAUAUAUAAAAACUUAGCAAAAAUUCCGUCUUUCGAAGAAGCAUUGUCAAUUAUAACUAGUUAUUAUGUUCAGUCAGCCUGACUUCUAACCACAGUGAACUCCUGUUUUCUUGGGAUCCAAGCACCUUCCCCUCUGCAUUUUACCUUUAAUUUUUUGGUUAGUAUUUUUAACUUUCUUUACAAAAGUACCCCUUUUUCAUGUCCCAGACUUUAGAAACUAUGGAUGAGCAAAAUGAAUAUCCCUGUAUUAUUCACUUUGAGCCUACAGAAGGACACAGAAAAUGUGUCCAAACCUUGUUCAGAUAAACUCUGUUCAGAGUGAAUACCCAGGGCCAGGGCAGACUUUUGAUAAGCAAACCUUUGAUAAGUCUUAACAUUGUCCAGUGAAAAUCAAUGACCCCGAGGCACUGCCGGCUUCUCAAGUGCCUUUGGGAUUAUCAAAGACAGGUUCAAUAAUGUAAGUUCUUGAUCUAGACUUCAGAAUAUAUCAAACCCAUUGACAAAUCAAUGGUGCUGUACUGUAAAUGGCUACUCAGUUGAACGAAAGACCUCAUUUCCCGGUUACUCUGGACAGGAGAGAAUUCACAUAUCACUGUCAGAGGGGAGAGAAGGCAGCUGCUGAUCAGGGUGCCCAGGAAUCUUUCUGUCUAGAUUAACAGUCCCAGGGAAAUGGCAGAGACCCAUUUCUGUACCAAGAGAUGGAUGUAAUUUGCAUGUUGAGCACUGUAAUCAAGAACAAACGACUCUUGACUCUACAAAUUAAACCGUUCUGUUUUUUCUUUGCCUGUGAAA